AUGAACAAACGCUCCCAAAUUACGCACAUCACUCCUCUCCCUUCAUACGUCUCCCGCGAUGUAGUCCUCGACUUGCUGCACGACCACUCGACAAUCAUCACCUUGAACCCCCUCGUCACACACCACGGCCGCACCACGCCGCCCGAGCACGCAUUGCCAGACGAACAUCUAUCGGCAUGGUACGAAAUAACCGAUAAAAUCGAAUACAUCCCGGGCACCUCGCUGACCGGCAGCGUCACCUACACCGCAUGCUUGCACGACCUUCCCAACGGCUUGCAAACACACAUCCACGCCCCCGCCGGUCUCGAAAUUCGCGGGAAAUGGCAAUUACUAGGCUGGCUGCCGGGCGAGGAACGCCAUGCUCCCGAAAUAGGCACCGAGCAAUACGGUAUCCCUAAGGAAGGACUUUAUUUGCGGGAAGAUUGCGAUUUGAAGUGUAAUUUCUUCUUGACGCAUUUUGUGAAAAAGAGUAUGCACAAGUCGCAUAAAGUGUUGGUUAAAAGGUUGUUGAAGAUGGCGAGAGAGCGGGCCGCGCCGAAUGCGAAUGGAUCAUCGGGGCGAAGGGCGAGGUCGGCGAACACAGGGGAGGCGGAGGUGCGAGUUGUAUCGGAUAGUCCGUCGAGACCGGCGACGGGGGGUUCGACGUCGCAGUUUAAUGAGCAGCGGCAACGGGCUGUACUGGAGUGGCAGUCGAAGGGAUAUUCCGUUUCGGUGUCUGGCGGUACACAGCAGAACGUGACAUCGUCGUCAGCGCAAAGAGAACGUAUUACGCGAAGAGGCCGCUCUCAAUCACCGGGGCUUGCAUUCGUGAAGCCGUCGCUUGGCUCGUCGAAACGAUACCCGUCAGAAGGGCCGUCAAAUAGACUGAAUCGGAACGAAUCGCCGGCGUCUAGGCCGUCAACGAAUAGUUCGGAUAGAGGGAUAUCGCUUGUUCGAACGUUGUCGAAGAGGAGGAUACGAGAGAGGGAUACGGGAACCCCGACGUCGAGACACGGGACGCCGGAGGUCGGUGAUCACACUAAAUAA